AUGUAUUUAGUAUUUACUACAGGUGCUAGAAUAUUCAAGAAUAUUUACCCAGCAGUCAAAGGUAUUCGUGAUUCAGCAACUAAUACAAAUGAUAGUUCCCUACAUUCAGAUGAAACUCUAGAGAAUCAUUCCACUAUCAUUAAGCUCUGUUCGCGUCCUGCUUCUCGAAAUGCGCCAGUUGGAAACGAGUAUCAAACUUUGGCGACCAACGAUGUGGCAUUGCCGCGAGCAUCGACUUCUGAUCAGUCGGAUGAUGAAACUGUCAAAAUGCCCAUUGAUAAGAUUAAAUAUACACGUAAUACCACUCCAAAGUCUGCAAGAUCCAAUAGAAACCGAACUGUGGUAGAAUUCUCUAGUCAAGCUUUGAGAGAUGCAAGAGCAAGAAUUAGAGCUGUCUCCUUCAACGACAUGCUGUUGGCAUCAAACAAAGACUUGAUUGAAAGAGCUGCCCAAUUCUUGGUAUCGAACCCACUACUUGGCGACGAAGGAGCAUUCGAGGCAGCAGUCACCGAAAGAGUUGAUCUACUCGGAAUCCAAUCUCUGGUCUCUAGUCAUUUGAGAGACCAAGUCAAAAACUAUACUGCCAAGAUUCCAUUAUUCGUUCCAGAUAUGAGCGACACCCAAACAUUCAUAUCCCAAGUGGAGAACGUAGUACCAGAAGAUAGGUUACGCUGCGUCAUUGCUUUAAGCAAACUCUCAGAGGAAGCCAUCACUUCGGUUUCAUCAGCAGAAGAUGCAGAAAUCCUAAAACGUACAAUGAAAUGGAAAGAAUUUGCCUCUAUUCUAACCAAUACCUUCGGUACAAAACGAGAAUCCGAUGAAUACGUUACCGAUCUUAAGAAUUUGAGACUUGAACAAUUCGAAACCACUCACAAGUUCAUUAUCAAAUUCCGAGAGAUCUAUAUGUAUAGUAAAAAUCAAUAA